AUGACUUUUGUAAACCUUAGAAGCGCUGGGUGGCAAAAUCCCAAGGAGAAUGAAUCACAGUUAGUAUCUAUAGAGCACCUUCACAACACAGGGCAUCUGUCGUAUCCUGAUCUUUGGGUCAAGCACACCAUGGAAGAACUCGGUAUUGGUCAAAGUGGCGAGGUAGCGGUCGAAAGGCCCGUAGCCCUAUCAUAUGGGUCUCUGGUUUCGCACAUCAACAGCAACACGGCGGCAUUGAACAGUUCUAACGCAGACGUGUACUUGAAAUUGAAGAAGCUCGAACGAGAGUACGAGCUGCUCACCCUGCAGGAGGAUUACAUUAAGGACGAACAGCGCCAUCUGAAGCGCGAGUUGUUGAGAGCGCAGGAGGAGGUUAAGCGCAUCCAAUCUGUUCCGCUGGUUAUUGGACAGUUCUUGGAGCCCAUCGAUGAGAGCACGGGUAUUGUAUCGAGCACUACAGGUAUGAGCUACGUUGUGCGAAUCCUCUCGACUCUGGAUCGGGAGCUGUUGAAGCCGUCGACGUCGGUGGCUCUCCAUAGACAUUCCAACGCGCUGGUUGAUAUCCUACCGCCAGACUCGGACUCCAGCAUUUCUAUUAUGGGGAACAACGAGAAGCCGGACGUGACAUAUGCAGAUGUCGGUGGCUUGGAUAUGCAGAAGCAGGAAAUCCGGGAGGCUGUAGAAUUGCCCUUGGUCCAGGCAGACCUGUAUCAGCAAAUUGGCAUAGACCCUCCGCGCGGUGUGCUGCUAUACGGGCCUCCUGGUACGGGUAAGACGAUGUUGGUGAAGGCGGUGGCGAAUAGUACCAAUGCAGCUUUCAUCAGAGUCAACGGCUCUGAGUUUGUUCACAAGUACCUUGGAGAAGGUCCCAGGAUGGUGCGCGAUGUCUUCCGCUUGGCGAGAGAGAAUGCCCCGUCGAUUAUUUUCAUUGAUGAAGUUGAUUCGAUUGCCACGAAACGUUUUGACGCCCAGACGGGCUCCGAUAGAGAGGUGCAGCGUAUUCUGAUCGAGCUACUAACACAAAUGGAUGGCUUUGAUCAGAGCACUAAUGUCAAAGUUAUCAUGGCAACCAACAGACAUGAUACGCUGGACCCUGCUUUGUUGAGACCUGGUAGACUUGACAGGAAAAUUGAGUUCCCAUCUCUGCGCGACAGACGUGAGCGGCGUCUCAUUUUUGGAACGAUUGCAGCCAAAAUGUCCUUAGCUCCGGAGGUCGACUUGGACUCGUUGAUCAUAAGAAACGAUCCACUAUCGGGUGCGUUGAUCGCAGCUAUUAUGCAAGAAGCUGGCUUACGAGCUGUGAGGAAAAACAGAUAUGUCAUUCUCCAGAGUGAUUUGGAGGAGGCUUACGCAUCACAAGUCAAGACGGGCAGCGAUGUCGACAAGUUCGAUUUCUAUAAAUGA